GGGCGGCGGGGAAGCGGCGGCCAUGGCGGCGCAGCAGCAGCUCGGCCGGGAGCACCAGGGCAUCACCCUGCGCGGCAGCGCCGAGCUCGUCGCCGAGUUCUUCUCCUAUGGAAUCAACAGCAUCCUGUACCAGCGGGGCAUCUACCCCCCCGAGACCUUCACCCGCGUGCAGAAGUACGGGCUCACCCUGCUGGUCACCACGGACCCCGAGCUGGCCAACUACCUCAACAACGUGACCGAGCAGAUGAAAGAGUGGCUGUACAAGUGCAUCGUGCAGCGCCUGGUGGUGGUCAUCUCCAGCAUCGACAGCAGCGAGGUCCUGGAGCGGUGGCAGUUUGACAUCGAGUGUGACAAAACUGCAAAGGAUGACAAUGGACCACGGGAGAAAUCUCAGAAGGCAAUUCAGGAUGAAAUUCGCUCUGUCAUCAGACAAAUAACUGCCACAGUAACCUUCCUGCCACUCUUGGAAUCUGCCUGUGCCUUUGACUUGCUGAUCUACACGGAUAAAGAUCUGGCAGUGCCAGCCAAGUGGGAAGAGUCAGGCCCACAGUUCAUAGCCAAUUCAGAGGAGGUUCGGCUGCGCUCCUUCACCACCACAAUCCACAAAGUCAACACCACGGUGGCUUACAAGAAGGAUUCUGUUCCCUAAGAUGCAGGGGGCAAGUUUUGUCCUGUCACCUUGUAUAGUUCCUGUUCAUCAUGCAGCAGCUAAGCUAUGAGCACAUCAUUGCUGUCCUCCUGAUAAAACACGACACAAAGACAACAUGCCUGUCUGUGAAAAUGUGACACUAAACUAAGCUGGCAUCAUUUCUAAAGAAAUUUUAAGAAGGUCAUAGUCAAUUUGUACUUUACUGUAUGAGAUAAUCCAAUGGUGUGUUAAAACCACUGCCUCUGCUAGAAAAACUGCCUAAAUCUGGGAUUAGCUGCUAGAAUUGUGUUCAGAUCCUGUAACUUUGUAUUUUAAGAUUGUUUUUAAACUACACUCUGUUAGCAGUCUUAAAUUCUCUGCAGCAACUAAAAUAAUCUCACUCCUAGUAUGCCAGUUUUCAUGUUAGAAGCCUGGGCUGUUUUAUUACCAGAAAUAACCCAAAAAUGAAUCAUCCAAACAAUUCUUAUACUGCUCUACAAUGGAAGCAGCUGUUUAUCAGGAAAGCUUUAAAGACACAAAACCUUGUAUCUUAAUGACCACUGGGCUCUAGUUCUGGGGACAAAGUUGUUUUGUGUACGUCUGUAGUGUCUGUCCAGCAUUUUCUAUGUUUCUAUUCUUGUUUUACAGAAUAAAGCUUCUAGUUUUAUAGUGUUCUCUAA